CUAAAACGGAAAAUGAUAAACAUGAAAAUUCAGGAGGAGGAAGUGCUAGCAAACUGGAAUCUCCUCCAAAUAUGAUAGAUCCCGAAGUUUACGGAGAUUUUUAGUCUAAGUUAAACUUUUUGUUGAUGUUUAGGCAGGUUCUUAUCGUCCCUUGUAGUUUCGGACAGAUCACAACGGUCAGACAAGGUGAUGUUUCAUUAGUAUGCGUGAUCUAUCAUAUUCAAUGAACGCAGCCUGGCUGGUUGUAACCACUCUGAUGUACGCAACUGGUGCACUCGGAGUAGUACUAUUGGACAAGCAGGCAAAAACAGACAUUGCCUUGAUUAUCUUCACAAUAUUUGAAUGGCUCAGUGCCAUUCUUUCCACUAUAUAUCUCAUUCCCUUCUUCCCUUCAGCAAACUACCUCUCAUUCAUUAUACAAGCACUUAACGCAUUUUGUGCCGCCGCAUCCACAGCAAUAGGAAUAUACUGGAUAGAUAAUAUAAUCCUUGAGAGUGUGACAACUAAGAGCCUUUAUCUGCGACAGCUGAAGGUAUGCUUCAUUACCUUGUUUACGGUGUCUCUCCUGUUCAAAUUUGUCAUUUACAUAAGCGCCUUUCUUGAUAGUUCAGUGACAGAAACCAACAGAAAGGAAAUACCCAAUGUGCAAGACCUGGAAGCAAACAUAGAAGUCGCAGAUAAAGAGUCAACCAAAUUUGGAUCAGUACUUUCAGACUCAAUUGCCUCAUCAAAAUUCAAUGUCGUCAAAAUCAAAGACUCCUUACAAACAUUAGUUUCAAAGCAAGGGAACAACAAUUUAAAUGAUUAUAAAGAUAAUUCAGCAAAAGCUAGUGAAAGCAGAAUUAAUGAACCUGGAUUUGAUUAUCGAAGUCAGGAGAGGUUAAAUCUGAAGUACGCUGAAUUGUUCAAAUUACCAAGUACUUCUGAAACAAUUGAAACCUCAGAUCUCCAUAACUCAACUCCAAAUAUGUUAUUUGAACAGAAACCUUUGACAGGUGCCUCAUUCAAACAAUCACAAAUAUUAGUGCAAAAUAAUUAUAUCCAAGAUAUCCCUUCCACUCCAAUGAUGACUAACUUAUCAAAUCACAUAACGGAAGAAGAUCUCGAAGAAUCCAUGGAAUCUGUUCUUGUCAAAAGCCCCCACUAUCAAUUCCCCCAAGAUGGCUCACUGACAAGUCCAUACAAAUCCCAUCACCCUAACUACAAUUUCAUUUUAGAGCGACCAGCUCUAGUUAAAAAUGUUGACGAAGACAAAAAUAUCCAGGCAUUGAACAUAUCAGAGCCAAUCUACGGAAGUAAUCUCGCUACCAAGCUUACUUCAAACGGGAAAACAUUGCAUAAUAUUUCUCUACAAACUUGGAACGAAAAAUCAAAGUUGUUUUUGCAAAACAACGACUUUGUUACUGAUAACAUACAUUUACCACAAAGAGCCUCCGAUAUAAAUCACUUCGGGUCUUCAAUGUCAUUCUCAGAGAAUUUCAAUGCUGAAAAUGAAGCAUUGGACACCCAUUCAAACAAUAGUGAGUACAAUAACUGCCUUCUCGAGGAGCUCAAUAGAGAAAUAAAAGAAAAUGGAUCUCAUCAUGCUAAAAUUCAAAUGCAACAAUCUCUACCCAAUUUGAAACUUGCCUCACGUCACAGCUCUCAGCUCAAUAGAGGUGAUUCUGUUUCAAAAAUAAUGGGUUUGAAACCCUUGAAUCAAAAAAGCAGAACAAAUUCCAGCUCUCUCAAUUUUGCCCACCAAAAAUCAAGUUCCUUGUCCGCAAUUCCAAUGUCAAAAUCACGAUCUCAUAGUCCACUAAAGAAAUUCAAAGAUUUCAGAGACAGUAUACAAUUAACACCUCGUACACCUAAACAAACGAGGCCCCCUUCUCCUAUUACUUCUAAUGAAUUUGAGUUGGAUUUGCAUAUAGCAAAUUCCAUAAGAAAAUCACCUGGAAAGAAACUCUCCAGCAAAUCAUUAAAUUCUAAAACUGGAAGCAGAAAAAUCUCCUUAUCCUCUCCAAUUCGUCCUAAUACCAACGUCUCUAUGCUUGAUGUAGAAAGUUAUUACCCAACAGGCAUUGGGUACGACUUGAACUUAUCUCCUGGAGAAGGAUGUGUAAGAGUGCUCGGUAAUGCAGAAAAUGAAUCUCCAUCUGAUAAGAAGAACUAUUUUACACAUAUAGUUGACGACUACAUUAUUCAAAACAUAGUUAAAAGUCAGAGGGUGUUUAGCGGGGUAAGUGGCAUGAGCGGAACUGACAAGUCAACCACAUCAAACGCAUCAGUCCCAAGCGGAUACUACGGUGAGUAUGACAAGGAGAAAUGGAGAGUUAUCAAAAAAGUGAAGAAUGGAGUAAUAGAAGAAGCCAAUAAAACACUGGACUUCUCUUGUCACGGUCUACCUGGUCCAUGAAACCCUAGUUUCAUAUCAGCAUUUAUUAUACAUGUAUACUUUUCUAAAUAGCAUAUGAUUCAUCAAGAACCCAGUAAAUUUUGUUACAUUAACAAAGAGUCUUUCAAAGAUUUGAGUGCGUCAGCGAGCUGGUUGACCGUGAUACCGCCUUCAACAGUUCUCACCUUCAGAGCCAAGUAUUUUGGGUGUGAUAGCAGGUAAGUCAAUGCAUUAACAAACACUUUUCUUUCCUGAGGAGUGUCUAGUCCAGGAACCAAAUGGACUUCUUCUAAAGGUUUACCCAAUUCCGAGC